GUACAUUCACUGUUCGUCGUUCACCUGAGUUUUAUCGACGUAUUUUUUGCCAUUCUCUCUCUCUCUCUCUCUGUCUCGCGUUCUGCCUCUCGCAUACCGACAAGUCUCGUCAUUGACCGCAAAAAGCGCAAACGAUAUUGGACGAAGCACACAGCGUCUAUCUCUAGAAACGAACGCACCAUUUUCUUCAGGUGACUCAUGAGGAAAGUGGUGGAACCAUCGGAAGUGGUUCGCAGUAUCAUUCGAGACGCGUACAGUAACAGUGUGUGUUGAGAUAGACCUCGGAAAGCGUGAGAGAUAUGAAAAAAAAUAUCUGCAAAAUUAACACAUAUCAGUACAAAUUUGCGAUUCAAAUUUGAGAAGUUCAUCGGGUGUGUGUUUUGGCGAAUCAACAUCAGUAUUCAAUUCCAUUCCGUGUGUAACGUCACCAAGACCGAGUCCAAACACGUGAACUGAUCGAGAAAACAAGAACCACAAUUCAAGGCCAACCAGAUUUCAUCUUCGAGCUUUUUUUUACGAGAAAUGAAGUCAAGUGCGAAGAAAAGUCCGCCGAUACCUGCGCGUGUAUCGUCUUUACAGUCUAAUCGACGAGCGGAAGAAGCGCAGCAGCAAAUGGAGCCACCGGAGAUAUCAUGGGAAAACAGUCUGGGCUCGCGCCACGGCGUGCCCUUCGACGACGACACGAAGGAACUUCUAAAGAUCUGUCUCGAUGUCUCGUUGCCGCCACCGACUAGUUUACCGGAAUUAAUCAAGCGAAGCGACGCGUUUCCCGUGAAGUUUCCCAUUAGUACCAUGAGAUGCGCCGCUUUGAGGGACAGGGGAAUCAGCGCGGAGACUAUUGAGUUAAACGCGAAUUCGGUGUAUCCGCUAAUACACGAAGCGAUGUUGCCCCUAAUCGCGCGAUGGUUGAAACACAAGCGGUUGUACGGUAGUUCUGUCGAAAAAGCGUUGUACAAGGACAUGAAUCUCAUUGAAUUCAUUCACCGCUUAAUAGAGAAGAGAGCGGUCCAUUUUUACGGUUUGAACGAUCGAUGGAAAUUGAUUGACAACAAGUCUGGCGUCGACGGAUGGGAUACUGUCGGUACCGAGCAGGAGAAGGAACCUUUGGUUCUGGCGAAAUGUCUUAGCUACGACGAGAUCAAAUUGUCGGCGAUGAUGGUGGUGUCGUCUCACUCGGAGUUCAUAAACGACGGCGCGCGAAAAAACAGAGGCGUUGUAUCCAGCGAUCCAGACGCCGUCCAGCCUCGUGGAGUUAUUAUGGGUGUCGUAGGCACAAGAUUUGAAAAGACCCGAUUUAUGGAGUAUCAGGAUAUCAUCAUUACGUCGGCACAGAAUAACGCGGACAACGGGUACGGAUCCGCGACGGACGGCACGUCCGAGGAGAAGCGCGGCAUACGCGUCUUAUGGGCGAAGUUUUACGGCGAGGAUUACCAUCCGGUCUACGAGGAGGUCGCGAAACGCGUUAAAUCGAAAGAAAACAGACGUUACGUGUCGUUGAACAGCCAGACGAUCUUCGAUAUCGAGAAUUAUAUGAAGAGAACGCUGCUCACCGUAGAAAUAAUACUGCUCGAGGCGAACACUCGCGCCGAGAAGCAAAACACGACCGCUUUCGUGCACGUAGUCGGAUUCGGUCUCGGUGUGUGGAAAAUAAUGCAGGACCAGGAAUUGUAUUUUUUGAAGACGUUUGAGAUCGCCAUUCGAAAGAUGAAUAAGAAACUCAAAUACGUGUCCGACAUCAUGUUCGCCUACUUCCAUCAACAAAAGUGCGGUGGCGCGGGAAACGGCGAUUAUUUGGGCGAUAUAAAAAUUCACUUUGCCGUGAGAGAACCGCACAGCAGACUGUUCCGAGCUACCGACGCCAAUAAGCUCCUCGUGGUGACUUACGCCUGGGAUGGAAAUGCGCUGCCAGGAAACGAAUUCUGGAACAAUUCUCUGGAGUCGAGCGGCGAUCCGGCGGCGGCGUGCAGCACCCAGAUAACCGAGCUGCACAAUUCCAGAAUCAAUCCGCGCGCAUGCGGUGCCAGUUUGCACGUCGCAUCCGCGGAGCAUGGAAUUUUGCACAUAUCGGAUUACGCGAAGCUUCACCUUACUUAGGUAACCACCCGAUACGCGCCUCCUUAUCGACGGUCUUCCUUGCUGAACGAUGUUCGAUCACAAUGUAGUCACCACAUACCGUGUGACAUACGAUGUUGUAUAUCAUAAUCAUAUGUACGAAACCACUGAGAUAAUUUUACCUUCAUGCGUUAUACCUGCAUUCACUCUCAAAUCUCUGGAAAAUAUUGGGUCGUUCGGAAAGUAAUUUUGUUUUUUUCACAAGUUGUGUUAAUUGUAUUUUUAACCAGCCAAUUUUAUUCUAAACUAUAUUGUCAUUACAUAUUUUGAUAGCUAACAUUUCAAAGUUUAUUUUUAAAAAAUUGAAUAAAAUAUUUAUAUAGUAUAAAAAAAUUGUCGUUCAUUUUCCUGAAAAAAAAAAAAACGAAAUUACUUUCUGAACAACCCAAUACAUAGUUUCUUCACAUUUCGACAAACAAAUAUCAAUCACCGACGAUAUCUUGCAUGUACCAGAAAAUAUUUUAUACUGAAACAAAAAAAAACAGUUCAGAAUUUGUUUAAUGUUUGUUCGCUCCACAAACUCUCUCCUGUGUGUGUACGUAAUAAAACGCAACUUUUCAUUUA